AUGUCACAUAGAACAGAUUCAGAAACAAUUGAUAAUGAGAGCUUGGACUCAGAAAAACCAAGAGAGUACGGUGAUGCAUUACAAGCACAACCAGUAAGCAGCAACGUUCACCGAACCGAAAGUCGUAUUUCAAAAGUGCUUUCUCACUUGGGUUCACAUGAAGAUAAUUCGGAACUAGAAAGGUUGGUGACCAACAACGCUGGUGUUGAAAGAAUAAAGACCGAGUUGCAAGAACGUGCAGGUCAAUUGGGUCCUUUGGAAGAGCCAUUGGAUGUCAAGUUGGUAGAAACACACCCAGACCCACAGUCUGACUAUAAUGAGAAUGAUCCUUGGAAGUACCCUAUUGACUCGGACACGGGGUUAAGGAUAGUUGAGUGGAUAGAUGGCGAUAAGUCUAACCCAAUUAAUUGGGGUAGUGGCAUAAAGUGGGUGUACACGGGGAUUUUGGGAUCGAUUUGUUUUGUUGUUGCCCUUGGUUCUGCUAUUGUUACUGGUGAUAUGGAUCGUCCUGCUGCUUACUUUGGUGUAUCGCAGGAAGUCAUCAUUUUAGCAUCAGUUACCAUGUUUGUAUUGGGUUUCGGUUUCGGUCCUUUGGUGUUUGCCCCCAUGUCUGAAGAAGUUGGAAGAAAGCCUAUUUAUGCGGUAACACUUUUUGUUGCCUUGAUAUUUAUUGUCCCCUGUGGUGCCGCAAAAAAUAUUGGAACUUUAAUUGUUUGUCGUUUGAUUGAUGGAUUAUCUUUUAGUGCCCCCAUGACUUUGAUUGGAGGUUCAUUGGCAGAUAUGUGGAUUGGUUCGGAAAGAGGUGUUGCUAUGGCCAUCUUUUCAGCCGCUCCAUUCUUGGGUCCCGUUUGUGGUCCAAUC